CUGAUCCUAGCAGUAGUAGCUCCAGAAAUUUGCUUUCAGACGGGCCAACCAGUAAGGGGUCCGAACCAAGUGGCUGCCUAUUGUAGUGUCUUGGUCACAGUCACAGAUUAAGAUUCCUGAUUUGUUGUGAUUUUGAAGGUUUGAAUCAACAAAAAUAUACCCUGUUGAAUACAUUUACCAGGGGUAUCAAAGGAGAGUACUGUAUUUUAGCAAAAAGGUAUCACUUGAAAAAAGUCAACCAUCAUCUCAUCACACUAAAGUGCAUUUUGAAAUUGUAUAUAGUCAAAAACGCUAUCAAAAUGAAUGCACAAAGAGUCUCAAACUACCCUAUUGCUUCGCUGUAUGUUGGAGAUUUGAAUCCUGACGUCACAGAAGCUAUGCUUUUUGAGAAAUUCUCAACAGCUGGGCCUAUUUUGUCCAUACGUGUGUGUCGUGAUGCGAUCACCAGUCGCUCUUUUGGCUACGCCUACGUACAGUUUGAGCAGGCUGCAGAUGCUGAGAGAGCACUAGACACCAUGAACUUUGAUGCCAUCAAAGGGCGCCCUAUUUGUAUUAUGUGGUCUAAGCGUGAUCCAACUUUGCGUCGUACUGGCAUGGGUAACGUCUUCAUUAAAAACUUGGACAAAUCAAUUGAUAACAAAGCUCUCUAUGAUACAUUUUCGGCUUUUGGUAACGUCUUGUCUUGUAAGAUUCAGUGCGAUGAAAACAACGAAUCUAAAGACCACGCCUUCGUUCAUUUUGAGACCGAAGAUGCCGCCUCUAAGGCCAUCAGUAAAGUGAAUGGCAUGUUGCUCAAUGGAAAAAAAGUUUAUGUAGGUCAUUGGAUUCCUCGCAAAGCCCGGGAUGCUGACAUGGGAGAUAAGAUGAAGAGCUACACAAAUGUUUUUAUAAGAAACUUGAGUGAAGAUGUAUCAGAUGACCAGCUGAUGAAAAUGUUCUCCAAAUAUGGCAAGAUUGUUAGUGCCAAAGUUAUGCGAGACGAUGGUGCUAAAAGCCGUGGCUUCGGUUUUGUGAGCUUUGAGGACCACGAAGCAGCAUCACAGGCCACUCAGCAGUUGAAGAAUGUUGAUGUGGACGGUCGUACUUUGUAUGUUGGACGUGCACAGAAGAAAGCAGAACGUCAAGCUGAGCUUAAACAGAAAUAUGAACGACUGAAAGCAGAGAGAAUAAAUCGCUUCCAGGGUGUUAACCUAUACCUAAAGAACCUUGAUGAUGAAAUUGAUGACAAGCGGUUGCAGAAUGAAUUUGAAAAGUUUGGUACUAUUACAAGUGCAAAGGUUAUGAGUGAUGAGAAGGGAAUCUCAAGAGGAUUUGGGUUUGUGUGCUUUUCUUCCCCUGAAGAAGCAACUAAGGCUGUUACUGAGAUGAAUGGAAGAAUCAUUGCUACUAAACCUCUCUAUGUAGCACUAGCACAGCGGAAAGAAGAUCAUAAGGCACAGCUGGCCGCCCAACACAUGCAACGUAUUGCAGGGAUUAGAGUUCCCGGGAAUGCACAACAGAUAAACCAGGUGUUUAACCCAGGGUUUGGGUACUUUACUCAAACCGUUCAGCCCCCACAAGCACGAUUAUACCCAGCAGGGCAGAUGACCAAAAUCAGAAACCCAAGGUGGAAUGGUGCUAACCAACCAAGACCAGCUGGUCAACAAAGUGCAGGCUUCCAGCCCAUGCCAAAUACGCGUCCGUUUGCCCCGAGAGGAGGCAACCCAGCUAUCCGCACUGCCAAUCCUGCAAGAGUCCCUAUUCCCCAGCAGCACCAGCAGCAUGUGACAGGGGUGAUCCCUCAGUCUGCUAUCCGUGUUCCUGCCGCUCAAGGAAUUCCAACUGUACCAGCUCAACAACGCCAAGUGAAGUAUGCUAAUGCUGUGCGCAAUCAGACUGUUGCUAGUCAGUCUACUGGAAUUCCUGUGGAUGUUCCACAACAAGCUGUCCAAGUUCCUGGACAGGAGCCACUGACCCCAUCCAGCCUGGCACAGGCCACCCCCCAGGAGCAGAAGCAGAUGUUGGGUGAGCGUUUAUACCAUAUUAUUCAACCUAGCCAUGGUGAGCGAGCUUGUAAAAUCACUGGAAUGUUGUUGGAGAUUGACAACACUGAGUUGCUUCACAUGUUGGAAUCCCGUGACUCGUUGAGCGCAAAGGUUGACGAGGCUGUGACUGUGUUGAAGGCUCACCAAGCUAAGGAAUCUGGGGUGAUCCCUCAGUCUGCUAUCCGUGUUGCUGCCGCUCAAGGAAUUCCAACUGUACCAGCUCAACAACGCCAAGUGAAGUAUGCUAAUGCUGUGCGCAAUCAGACUGUUGCUAGUCAGUCUGCUGGAAUUCCUGUGGAUGUUCCACAACAAGCUGUCCAAGUUCCUGGACAGAAGCCACUGACCCCAUCCAGGCUGGCACAGGCCACCCCCCAGGAGCAGAAGCAGAUGUUGGGUGAGCGUUUAUACCAUAUUAUUCAACCUAGCCAUGGUGAGCUAGCUGGUAAAAUCACUGGAAUGUUGUUGGAGAUUGACAACGCUGAGUUGCUUCACAUGUUGAAAUCCCAUGACUCUUUGAGCGCAAAGGUUGACGAGGCUGUGAUUGUGUUGAAGGCUCACCAAGCUAAGGAAUCUGGUAAUAAACCUGCUGUGGCCGCCACUGCGCAGUAACUCCACCAGUUGGCUAACAAAGAAAAAAAAUACACCCAAGUGUUGCUUAAUAUACGACUCUCCUUUGUUAUAAAUUGAAGAAAAAAAAUCAGACAUUUAAAAAAAAAAAUGGUAAAAGCAAUUCAUUAAAAAAAAAAAGGUAAAA